CAAAGGCACAGUUUGAAGCGCAGAGAGUGAGACACCCUGACACUAUUCUCCCAUCUUUACGGAUAUUUAUACAUUUUUUUUUGUAACCACGGCUUCAAAGGUGGACAACGUUUUUUCCUCUCUAUCCCUGCAUUUCUUCAAGAAAGAAAUGGAAGAGGGCUCCAGUUCCCCGGUCUCCCCUGUGGAUAGUCUGGUGACCAGCGAGGAGGAGCUGGACAGACAGCAAAAACGCUUCGGGAGGAAGAAGAGACACAGCAAAAAGUCCGGCGAGGACAGCAGCGGCAGCAGCCCGGGUCCGGUGAAACGGGGCAAAAAACAGAGUCCGAGCAGCACUCAGUCGUACGAGGAGCUUCAGAACCAGCGGGUCCUGGCCAACGUCCGGGAGAGGCAACGGACUCAGUCUCUGAACGAGGCCUUUGCGUCUUUGCGCAAAAUUAUCCCCACUCUGCCAUCGGACAAACUCAGCAAGAUACAGACGCUGAAGCUGGCCUCCAGAUACAUUGAUUUUCUCUGUCAGGUGCUGCAGAGCGACGAGAUGGACAACAAGAUGUCCAGCUGCAGCUACGUUGCGCACGAAAGACUCAGUUACGCGUUCUCCGUGUGGAGGAUGGAGGGCGCUUGGUCUAUGUCAGCAUCUCACUAGCACCCAGAGACCUUCACUUACAAUGCCGAAGCGACUGUUUACUUUUACAAAGUAUGAAGACCAAAAUGGAUUAUUGAAGAACCCAUCGACCUCAAAGGCAUGGCGGAGAGACGUAAUGUGACCCACAACUACAAACUCUCGGGGAGUGUGUGUGUGUGUGCGUGCGUGCGCGUGCGUCUGUGCGUCUGCGUCUGUGUGUGUGCGUGCGUGCGUGUGUGUGUGUGGAUGCAGAUUCAUCACACUGCUUCUGACUGUCUGGAGCUGUUUGUGGCAGUGAGGAGGGGAAUAAAAGACACAGCCCUGAUGUUAUAGCUCGGAUUUACGGCCUCUAAGCCAUCCUUUAACCGCUUAAGAAGGAGAUAUAUUUUGUUUUUUUCAAAGAC